AUGGCAGCGCAAGGGGUGACCUUGCUAAGUUCCGAACCAGUGAACAACAAUCUACCCCGACGACCAGCCAAAGAGUUACGAUGUGAAGGUGCUAACAGUGAACCGCACCUCAUCCCCGAUAUGUCCGCACAUCCACAGAGCCCUUCCAAACUCCCUCAAGCCGAAGAUCAGGGUGUGAUCAGCGAGCCCUCGCGGACAGGAUCUUGCCGCGUCUCCCAUUCCAAGGCCCACGAUAUACUACCAUGA